GAAUUUCUUUGAUAAAUAAAUAACGUAGAAAAGAAAGAAAGAAAGAAAGCCAGUUAAUGAACAAAGAAACAGAGAUAGGAAUUUGGAAGAGAAGCGUCUGUUUCACGCUUAGCAUUCUGAUCCCGAUUUCUUCGCUGCAUGAUGAAGUGAGAAAUCGUUGCUGGAAAGAGUGAGAAUUUUCUCUUUGUGGGUCAGUGUUGCUCUGCGUGAUUGCUUCCUCCGAUAUUACUUUGCAGCACUUCACUUUCUAUACCUUGGUCAAUCGUGGUUAUCAAGUGCGAUAAAUGCUGGCAGGUUCCCCCUCAUCUCAUAUGAGCUCGCCUGUUUCAACAUCUCAAGGAUUAUUUCCAUCUUCAGGGAUUGGAAAUUAUGAAUCCCCGGAAGUUGGGACCUCUUCUUUUUCCCGGCCCAAUGCAGAUAUGAAUGAAAAUGAUGAAACGGACUUGCUCUCAAUAUCAUGGAAUCAGGACUAUGGUUGCUUGUCUGCAGGCACAAGUCAUGGUUUUCGUAUCUAUAAUUGUGAACCUUUCAAAGAAACUUUCAGACGUGAUUUAAAAAGUGGUGGUUUUAAAAUUGUAGAGAUGCUGUUCCGCUGCAAUAUUCUAGCACUUGUUGGUGCUGUAGCUAAUUCCCACUACCCACCCAAUAAAGUUUUGAUUUGGGAUGAUCAUCAGAGCAGGUGCAUUGGUGAAUUUACAUUUAGGUCUGAAGUUCGUGGAGUGAAAUUAAGACGUGAUCGAAUUGUAGUUGUUCUUGAGCACAAGAUAUAUGUUUAUAACUUCAUGGGUUUGAAGCUUCUUCAUCAGAUUGAGACUAUGGCGAAUCCUAGAGGGUUGUGCUGUGUUUCACACCAUUCAAGUACAUUUGUUUUGGCUUGUCCAGGUCGUCACAAAGGACAGGUUCGAGUUGAACACUUUGGAUUGAACGUUACAAAAUUAAUCAAUGCUCAUGAUUCUCAAAUUGCAUGCUUCACUUUGACAAUGGAUGGUCUCCUUCUUGCAACUGCUAGUGUAAAGGGCACGUUGAUUAGAAUCUUCAACACAAUGGACGGGUCUCGUUUACAAGAAGUAAGAAGAGGGAUGGAUAGAGCUGAAAUCAACAGCAUAGCUUUGUCUCCAAAUGUGCAGUGGUUGGCAGCAUCAAGUGACAAAGGCACUGUUCAUGUAUUCAGCCUGAGAGUGAGAGUGUUUGGGGAGGAUAGUUUGACUCAUUCAAACGCUGCUCAAGGACCUGCACUGUUUCAUCAGAAUUCUUCAACUUCUUUAGAUCCAUUGGUUUCUCCAAAUACUGGUGCCAACCCCAAUUCAUCAUUAUCUUUCAUGAGAGGGGUUUUACCAAAAUAUUUUAGCUCAGAAUGGUCAUUUGCACAGUUCCGUUUGCCUGAAAACACACAAUUCAUUGUGGCAUUUGGAUCUCAGAACACUGUGAUAAUUGCUGGUAUGGAUGGGAGUUUCUACAGAUGCAGCUUUGAUCCAGUACAUGGGGGAGAGGUGUUGCAGCAGGAGUAUGUUCGGUUCCUAAAAUUUGAAAAUAGGACCAGAUAAACUAUUUCGUGUUGCUCAAUAUCAUUUCGAAGCAAUAAGCUCUUCUGAAAGUCAUGUAAAUAUGAUGUGUCCAACACCUGGCAAUAAACUCUUUUCAUCAUGUGUAAAUAUGAUGACCCCCGUUUGGAGUAUCUUGAGAUAUGUUGCUGUAUGUAUGUAUGUAUAUUUUGGGGGAAUUUUUUUUUUUAAAAAAAAUUUAAUGAGGAGGAAUACCGAUAGCAACAGCUGCAUCAUAAAUA